CUUAACAACGGAAACCGAAAUCCCGAUCUUACACAAGGGUCUUGCACCCACACUGGACAACAAUCAUUUCCCUGGUGGAGGGUGGACCUGCUGGAGUCCUACAUCCUCACUUCCAUCUCUGUAACCAACAGAGGAGACUGCUGUGCAGACAACAUUACUGGAGCAGAGAUUUAUGUUGGCAACUCUUUACAAGACCAUGGUACAUCAAACCCAAUGGUUGCUGUCAUUUCUCGCAUCCCACUUGGAAGGACUCUGAAAAUAACUUUUAGCAGUCAUGUGGAGGGCCGCUAUGUGACUGUGCUGCAGCCUGGUUUAAACAAGGUGCUUACACUCUGUGAGGUGGAGGUCUACGGUUACCUUGCUCCAACUGGAGAGAAUGUGGCAUUUUAUGGGAAAGCUACUCAGUCAUCAUUGCAUGGUACAGCCAUUGCAUACAAUGCUAUUGAUGGGAAUCGUGAAGGUCACUGGGUGAAGGCUUCUUGCACUCAUACAAUAAAUGAAUUCAAUCCCUGGUGGCGUCUGGACCUGGGAAGAACCCAUAAAGUGUUCUCUAUCAACAUAUCCAACCGUGUAGAAGUUCACAAUCGAAUUAAUGGAGCUGAAAUCCGUAUUGGAGAUUCACUAGACAACAACGGAAACAACAAUCCCAGGUGUGCUGUGAUCUCAACCAUCGCUCCAGGUUUUACUGAAACCUUUCAAUGUAACGGGAUGGAUGGCCGAUACAUCAAUGUUGUCAUACCUGGAAGAACUGAGUAUCUCACUCUGUGUGAGGUGGAAGUGUAUGGCUCUAGACUGGAUUAAGUCUGAAGAUACUAAAACAUGUUUCCAACAGCCAGACUUUGGACUAAGAUAUGGAAUGAAACAGAACAAACUGUAAUAUAAGGAACAACAGCAAAUAUUCAGCUGAACAAUUGGAUUUUUGCUUUCUCUCCAUCUUCUAAAUAUUAGAGCAAUUCAGACUUUAUAAAGUCUAGUGACAGACUUUAUAGGGAUGCUGAUUUCAUUGGCAUGGGCCGAAACUGUCAAAGUACCAAAGCUGUUUAAAUUACCCUUGUGUCAAACUUGAUUAGUCAGCAAACUGACCUGACCUCAUCUCACCCAGUAA